AAUUGUCUGGUUUUCAAAUCUAUUUCUCGGAUUUUUUUGUUAUGAAACGAGGAAAUUUCGAAUCUCCCUCAAGCUCUGAUCUUCCUUCUUCAUCAAGAUUCAAACUAAAUCCCGAAGGUGAUUCUGAGUUUUUAGAAGAUGAUGAUAACACCAAGAAUUUUGCUCGUAAGAUUAAAAGUGUGUUGAUUCAGCUUUAUACUCGUCGUGAUGAUACUGUUCUAGACCUUGCCUGUGGGAAGGGUGGUGAUUUGAUUAAGUGGGAGAAGGCGAUGAUCGGGUACUAUGUUGGUAUCGAUAUUGCUGAAGGGUCGAUUGAUGAUUGCCGCACGCGUUAUAAUGGUGAUGCAGACCAUCAUCAUCGCCGUAAAAAGUAUAGUUUCCCAGCCCGUUUAUUGUGUGGGGAUUGUUUUGAGAUUGAGCUGGACAAAAUUCUUGAAGAGGAUGCUCCUUUUGAUAUCUGCAGUUGCCAGUUUGCUAUGCAUUACUCUUGGACAACUGAGACCCGUGCUAGACGAGCCUUGUCAAAUGUUUCAGCUUUACUUCGACCUGGAGGCAUCUUUAUUGGAACAAUGCCAGACGCCAAUGUUAUCAUAAAAAAGCUUCGAGAAGCUGAAGGUCUGGAGAUUGGUAAUAGUGUAUACUGGAUUCGUUUUGGUGAAGAGUGUUCUCAAAAGAAGUUUAAUGCUAGCAGCCCCUUUGGUAUCAAGUAUGUAUUUCAUCUUGAGGAUGCUGUUGAUUGUCCUGAAUGGAUUGUGCCAUUUCACGUCUUCAAAUCCUUAGCAGAAGAGUAUGAUUUAGAACUGGUAUUGGUGAAGAACUUUCAUGAGUUUGUGCAUGAGUACAUGCAAAAACCUGAGUUUUUGGAGCUCAUGCAAAAGCUUGGUGCUUUAGGUGAUGGUAAUCGAAACCAAAGCACACUAUCCGCGGAUGAAUGGGAAGCCGCGUAUCUGUACCUCUCUUUUGUGUUUAGAAAGAGAGGACAAUCUGAUAGGGCUGGAACAAGAACUGCAGGAAGGAAUAACAAUGGGAAAAUGAACAUAUCGAAAGACGAUAUUUUGUAUAUCAACAACGAGAUCUAAGUCAGAGUGUCCACAACAAUGUCCCUUUUGGAUUUGUCUUGAGUUUUUAUUGUUAAGAGUCUUGGAAUAUGCUUCCUUUCUUGUAAUGUAGUCAAUUUGUUUUUUUGUUUACCAAUUGUAAUAGAAAAUGCUUUAAAUG